ACCAUAUAAGAUCAAGAAAUUGUAUGCUUUUGAAGCUAGGCGGUCCUCUGUUUGACUGCAGCGCUUGCAGCUUUUCCUGUCUCCUACUGGCUACGUUGAAGCCACGCUAGCUGUAGUGGUUCAACGGGAGGCAAUCUCGAAGGCGCUGCAAAAAAACAAUUUCAGCAAGGGUUCUUUUCAUCGAUUGGUGCUCAAAGACACCAAAGAGCGUCUACAACAUUCAGCAAGAGCUGGAGACAAUGCACAAGAAAGUAACAGAAUUUACGGAAAGUGGCAGCGAUUUGAGACGUUUUCAGUCAGCCACAUUUGGGAAACAGUGGUGCUAAUUUGACCCUGGGCGCUGAAUCAAGUCAUGCACUCGAUCCCAAUUGCCCUCUGCAUUUUGUAGAGGCACUUCAUUGUCCUUAUUGAGCUAGCCAGGAUGUCUGAGAAGCAGCGUCAGCAGAGUAGGGACGAAGCGGGAAUCCAGCUGUCAUCUCUUAUCCCCUCAACCACGAGCCCCUCCAAUGAUGAGCCUCACACAACUCACCGAAAGCAUGUGCGUGAGGAGAAUGGGGACAACCACGCUGCGUCAUCAAGAGGAGAUAAAUCUAAUCUCGAAAGAAGCAAUUCUCACCGGCACCGAAGUCAGCCAGCAGAGAAUGGUUACAAGCAUGUGAACGGGCACAAACACGCACCGGGGGAGGACCUAGAAGAGUUUGAGAUUGUGGAGGAAGCGGUCGGGAGCCAGUCUGAAGAGAAUGGAAGCCGAGCCAGGAUAUCGAAUGUUACGCUGGCAUUGGCGAGCAUGGUGGCCAGUGGGGUGCAAUUUGGGUGGGCGUUGCAAUUGUCUUUGCUGACUCCGUAUGUCCAGGAACUUGGCAUUCCCCAUGCCUGGGCUUCUUUCAUCUGGCUGUGCGGGCCUAUCUCAGGCCUGGUCGUGCAACCGUGCAUUGGCAUCUGGAGCGAUAACUGCACACACAAGUGGGGUCGUCGGAGGCCAUUUAUCCUUGGGGGAGCGGUUCUGGUUGCCAUAGCGGUGUUGGUGAUUGGCUUCUCGGCAGACAUGGGCUACCUGCUCGGGGACAAGCUGGUAGACGACGGGCGGCCUCGGUACGGCGCGUGUACAGUGUUCAUCAUUGGGUUCUGGAUCUUGGACCUCGCCAAUAAUGCAGUUCAGGGCCCUGUCCGCGCGUUGGUCGCAGACCUGUCCUCUGCCGAGCAGCGGAACAUUGGCAACGCCUUCUUUUCCAUGUGGAUGGCGAUGGGAAACGUCCUGGGCUACUCGACAGGCGCAACCGGCCAAUGGCAUCUCUGGUUUCCUUUCCUGAACACCGCAGCCUGCGGAACGCCCUGCGCCAACCUCAAAGCUGCCUUCCUUAUCGCCGUGUUUUUCCUGGCGUUUUGUACAUUAGUAACCCUACUGACCGCCCAAGAGAAGCAGUUCAUCCCCUCGGUGGACAAGCCCGAGGGCGUGUCGCUCCUCGAGCUCCCGCGCAAGCCCUCCCGCGACCUUAGUCACAGCCCGGUUCGCUCCCCCCGGCACCGAAAACCCGCUCAGUACACAAUUGUUGACGACGACACUCUCGAAGAUUCAGAUACGGAUAGGGAACAAGCUCGCGACAGUCGCGCAAACGGGGGGAUGGAUUUGGGGGUGCGUUCAGCGGGGACGCAUGGGAGCGGGAAAAACGGAUUGCGGGCGGUCGUGGACGAUUUGCAGGCGGGGCUGCGAGAGCUGCCGACGUCGAUGCGGAGUGUCAUGGUUGUCAUGGCGCUGACCUGGUUGGCCUGGUUCCCGUUUCUGCUAUUCGACACGGACUGGAUGGGCCGCGAAGUGUACCAAGGGUCGCCCCAGGGCAACAAGGCGCUGGCCAACCUAUACCAGCUGGGAGUGCGGGAAGGCGCGCUCGGCCUGCUACUGCAGUCGGUUGUGUCCGGGUUAGCGUCCCUGUUCAUCGACCCGCUGUGCCGGUGGCUCGGCUCCAGCCGGGUGUGGGCGCUGGGCAACGUCCUGCUCUUCUUCUUCAUGGCCGCCACGGCAGUCGUCACGCGCGCGGCAACGACACUGAUCCCCGUUUCGGGGGGGGAGGGGUAUGAGCAUCCGUCCUGGGUGCGGGGGGCGGCCGUGACGAUCUUCGCGUGCCUGGGGGCCCCCUUGGCGGUGACGUUCAGCGUGCCGUUUUCCCUAACGGCGGAGGUGACGGCCGGAUCCGGCGGCGGCCAAGGCCUGGCGGUCGGCAUCCUCAACCUCGCAAUCGUGCUGCCGCAGGUGGUUGUUUCGCUGGGUUCCGGCCCGUGGGACGCGUUGUUUGGGGGCGGGAACGAGCCGGCGUUCGUUGCGGGGGCUCUGUUUGCGCUAGCAGGUGCCGUCGUAGCCAUUUUGAGACUGCCCAGAACUAGAAGUCAAGACAGACCGCCGGAUUUUGUUGCUCACGGAUUCCCAUGAAAAACAGCCCAUCUGCGCACGCUUCUCGAAUAAACCCAAAUGACAUGUCGAGUUGCGAAAAGCUCUGGUCGACAUCCACGUGGCAUAACAUCUGAUGACGUCGUUCCUGUUUGAACGCGUGAUGUAGC